GGUGACAGCAGGUCAUGUGACUCCUUCCUGCUUUAAAGAGUCUCUCAGUCAGACUGAGUCAGUUGUUCAGGAGCUUCAGCAGCAGCAGCAGCAGCAGCAGCAUGACUUCAUCCUUCACCUGGAUCCUGCUCCUCUUCCUCACUGGACACAGUGCAGAUGGAUUUCCGAACUUUUCAUUGUUCCGCUGUGACUUUAACUCCUCUGAGCUGCAGGACAUCGAGUACAUCUACUCAGAAUUCUACAACAAGCUGGAGAUCGCCAGGUUCACCAGCAGUCUGGGGAAAUAUGUGGGAUACACAGAGUACGGAGUGAAACAGGCGAAUUACUGGAACAGUGAUCCAGCUGAGCUGGCCAGGAGGCGACUGGAGAAGGAGACGUACUGUAAACCCAGCAUUGACAUCUGGUACCAGGCUGCUCUGGAUAAAUCAGCUGCGCCCUACGUGAGGAUCCACUCUGAGACUCGUGACAGCGGCGGCCGCCGCUUGUUGGUCUGCAGCGUCUACGACUUCUACCCCGAAGACAUCCAGGUGGGCUGGCUGAGGGACGGACAGGAAGUCACGCAGGACGUCACGUCCACUGAGCGGAUGGCCAACGCCAACUGGUACUACCAGAUCCACUCCCACCUGGAGUACACGCCCAGGUCUGGAGAGAAGAUCUCAUGUGUGGUUCAUCACGCCAGCCUGAAGGACCCUCUGAUCACCGACUGGGAUCCGUCCUUACCAGAGUCUGAGAGGAACAAGAUCAUCAUCGGAGCCUCUGGACUGACCCUGGGUCUGGUUCUGUCUCUGGCUGGUUUCAUCUACUACAAGAGGAAGGCCCAAGGGCGCACGCUGGUUCCAAGCAGCUGAGUCAGGAUCCAGAUCUGGUCCUGAUCCUGGUCCUGGUUGUGGUCCUGGUCCUCGCUCCAGUUUCUGUCUUUCAGAUGGAAGAAAAAACAUCUUCAGCUUUAAUUUGCUUUGUGGUCUCUGAACCUGAACCUGGUCCAGGUUCCUGCAGUCGGUCCUAGACCAGGUCUGAUGUGGACCCUGCUGGACCAGCUGGUCUCUUGUGUAACUCUGCUCUGGAAUCUCAUGUAACCCGACUCCUCUGAUUCACUUUUCUGCUGUAAGUCCUGAAACCAGAAUAAACCUCCAGGAAACUGA